AUGGGCGGGACAGCCCGGCCCCCGGCCCUUUUGGCUGUACGUAUCUCGAGUAUCCUACGUCUCGCACUCUCUGACGCUGUUGAUCCAGAUUCUUUCCUCUCUCCUAUGGAUACCCCUUACGAGCCUGCACCGCAACCCCCUCCAGGACCGGCUCUGCUUGAUGAUAACGAAUCAAAUAUGCUGGACAACUUUUUCACAACAAUAAACUCAAAUCCUUUUUCUACCGAAUUCUGGUUGCCUGAACAGCACAAUAAACCGCUUAGCUCUACAUCACUUCCAUGGUCUGAUGAACUUCCUCCUACUUUCGAGGGUUCUACGACUUCACUUUCCCAGCCAUCGAUCCCCAGUCACAAGGCCGGGAUGGGCUUCCCACCACAUAAUACAGGCCCAAAUCAAGACAUAUUUGCUCCCAUGUUCUACCAGAACGGGAUGCAUGGCCCCGAUCUCAACUCGACAUUUGGUCAACCUCCGUUUUCGGCCUUCUCACAUGUGGACAUCCAAGGUCAUCCUGGCGCAGACAUUCGCCCUCAAGCUUCUUCAUCGUCCCAGCCACCGGACGCAUCUCCACAAGCACGUCUCCCCGUCGCUUAUCACACUCCGGAGAUGAUGUUUGACGUGCGACAACCUUUAGCCCCCGAACAACAAGCCACGGCUAAAGCGCGCCCGCUUCACUGGGGUUCUGAUGUCAGCUUCAUGGAUCAGGGUUACGUGGCCCCACCCGAUCAACCGAAUGAAGAGGACCGGACGAAGGAGCUUCUUGGAAAUCUCGAAUGCCUUGAGCCCCAAAGUAGUGCGGCCAACACACGCGCACCUAGUCCUGAGCGGAUGACGGGUGCACACCAUUCCGUAUGGACAGAAUCGAAUCCCAGUGAUCUGCGGAGGGAGUAUAGAGACGGGGCGGAAGACUUAUCCCUGCCAAAGAAACGGCAGAAAAUCUUGGUCAAGGAAGAAGAAGACGAUUCAGAUGGGGACAGUUCCAGGCCAAGGUCACGGCGAUCUCGCGGUUCGAGCUACAACAAGUCCAGGCGCUUGUCCAAUGACGGAAUCCGGAAGUCGAGAAUGUCACAGGGGCCAAAGCCUGCACGUGAGAACUUGACGGAAGAACAAAAGCGGAAUAACCAUAUUCUUUCCGAGCAAAAGCGACGAAACCUUAUCCGACAGGGCUUCGAGGAUCUCUGCUCGCUUGUUCCUGGCUUGAAGGGUGGCGGCUUCAGCAAAAGUGCCAUGCUUACACAGGCGGCGGACUGGUUGGAAGAGCUGUUACGUGGCAAUGAGGUUCUGAAGGCGCAGCUAUCUGAGCUUAAAACCGUAAAUGGGUUGGUGAUGCCACGAUGA